AUGCGACUAUAUUUAAUCCAGAAAAAUUAUCGGACAUUUCACAAUUAUCUACAUCAAAUUUUUCUCUUCUGCUAUUUACUUUUCGUAUUGAACGUAUAUUCACUAUUGUACUUCUUAAAAAUUUUUAAAUUAUUAUUAUCAUUAACACGUACUAUGUCUCAAGAAAUAAGUAAAGAUCCGUUUGAAUUUUGUGAUCUAGCAUCAAUAACAUCUAACGAUGAGCACUAUGAAAUUAACAAUAAGCUGAAUUUAUUAUUAACGAAUAUUGAACGAAUUGAUAAAAAUGUUUUGAAAUUAAAUCAAUUGGUAGAUAUGUUAAUAUCAAAACAAACAAUAAUGGAAAUAACAUUAAGCAGUAUAAAUGCUGAUUAUAUUAACACAAGAGAAAUUAUUCAUAAAACAGAAACAUUAUGCUCGAAAAUAUUGAAUAUUAUUGAAGAGCGAGCAUUAUCAUAUGAGCGUGCAAUUGAAGAUGCUGCACAACAAAUUCAAAUAGUUACGCAAAAAGUAAUAUUAUGA